UAAUUGUAACUAUGGAGUAAUUCAUUUGAUUCCUGACCAUUUUAUGUCAAAUUGAAAAUAGUCAAACUGUCAUAGUUAAAUUAAUACAUCAUCACCAAAAAUUUGCAGUAAAUGGCCGAUACAGAUACGUUAGUUCUGGUCACCGUUAUUUUUCGGCAUGGUGAUCGCACCCCUGAUACAUUAGACACAUUUCCAUUGAAUCCAUAUCAAAACCAUACAUUCUUUCCUUAUAAAAAUGGAGAAGUUACUCAUAAAGGUCAAGAGCGAAUGAUAAACAUUGGCAAUGACCUGCGUAAACGUUACGAAGCCUUCCUGGGCGAUGUAUUCUACACGGACAUUGUGGAAUCCACCACAUCCAGCUAUACGAGAUGUCAAAUGUCUCUACAGUGUGUCCAUGCUGGGCUUUUCCCACCAAAUAUUAAAACGGGUAUACCAUGUAAAGGCCUUUUAUGGCAAGCCGUCCCUUUUAAAAUUAUCCCGUUCGAAACUGAUAAACUAAUAUCCAUUCACAUACACUGUCCUAAAUUAAUUCAAAACAUUAAUCCUGAACGCAUCCCGCAAGAAGAUAAAGAAUUAUUAGAAUAUAUUCAAGAACACAGUGGUUUUGACAAAUUGGAAUACCUGAGCGCCAUGCGAGUUUAUGACAUUUUUAAAACAUCGCUCGAAGCAGGUCUUGAACUGCCAGAUUGGGUGAAACCAAUCUGGCCGGAGCAACUUAGGAACAUAGCUUACAAAUUCUGGUUGCAUUUCCAAAACAAACGACGUGCUAUUGCAGCAGGACCUAUGAUAAAACAAAUCAUUGAUCAAGCAAAAACAAAAAUUUCGGAAAUUCAUGACCCGCAUGGAAGGAAAAUGUAUCUUUACGCUGUGCAUGAUAUGAACCUUCAUGCUUUGCGAGGAGCAUUGAGCAUUUGGGACGAUCAAACCGUGGAAUAUGGAGCCCACUUAAUUUUUGAAUUGCAUAAUAUUGACGAUGUUUAUGGCUUUAAAAUAUUCUUCCAAAAUAGUUAUAAUGAACCAAAAUUGAUGACCAUUCCUGGUUAUGACGAUUUUAUAACAUUAGAAGAAUUUGAAAACUAUACUGAGGAACAUUACGCACCGGGAUGCACUUGUGAUGAUAUUUAAAGAAAUCAAUCACUACCUAGAAACAAAUUUCAAUACAUCAUUCCACACAUUAUAAAAUAA